UCUCUUCUGCGGCCGCUACGCCCGUCCCUCUCCCUGUGCGACAAACCAGCUGGCGGCUGAGGCUCGGACGCAGCGCGCAGCCAACCAGCGCAUCGGGAGGGGCUUGGGGCGGGCCGGGUCGGGGGCGCGGAGUCCGUCACGCGGUGCCACCGUCACAGCACCAAGAGCAGCCAGCAAGAAGCAUCAGUUCCAGGCUCGGGGACCCUCUCCGGUACCAGUGCCCAUGCACGGCCAUCACCAGUGACGCCUGAGAGGUGACUCUGCCCUCUCUGGGGCAACUGUAGCUGCUGAAUUACCAACCAACUCCACAGAAAUGGCCGGGGCCUCUGUGAAGGUGGCGGUGCGUGUCCGCCCCUUCAACUCCCGGGAAAUGAGCCGAGACUCCAAGUGCAUCAUUCAGAUGUCUGGAAGCACCACCACCAUUGUCAACCCCAAACAGCCCAAGGAGACACCCAAGAGCUUCAGCUUCGAUUACUCCUACUGGUCACAUACCUCGCCCGAGGACAUCAACUAUGCCUCUCAGAAGCAGGUCUACAGGGACAUUGGAGAAGAGAUGCUACAGCAUGCCUUUGAGGGCUACAACGUGUGCAUCUUUGCCUAUGGACAGACAGGGGCCGGCAAGUCCUACACCAUGAUGGGGAAACAAGAGAAGGACCAGCAAGGCAUCAUCCCACAGCUCUGCGAAGACCUCUUCUCUCGAAUCAACGACACGACCAACGACAACAUGUCCUACUCUGUGGAGGUCAGCUACAUGGAGAUUUACUGUGAGCGAGUCCGUGAUCUCCUGAACCCCAAGAACAAAGGCAACCUUCGUGUAAGGGAGCACCCUCUGCUGGGGCCUUAUGUGGAGGACCUCUCCAAGCUGGCUGUAACCUCCUACAAUGACAUCCAGGACCUCAUGGACUCAGGGAACAAAGCCAGGACUGUGGCAGCCACCAACAUGAAUGAGACCAGCAGCCGUUCUCACGCUGUCUUCAACAUCAUCUUCACCCAGAAGCGCCAUGAUGCGGAGACCAACAUCACCACAGAGAAAGUGAGCAAAAUCAGCCUGGUGGACCUGGCGGGCAGUGAGCGAGCCGACUCCACAGGAGCCAAGGGCACACGACUCAAGGAGGGGGCCAACAUCAACAAGUCUUUGACCACCCUAGGAAAGGUCAUCUCUGCUCUGGCCGAAAUGGACUCUGGACCCAAUAAGAACAAGAAAAAGAAGAAGACAGAUUUCAUCCCUUACCGAGACUCCGUAUUGACAUGGCUUCUCCGGGAAAACCUAGGUGGCAACUCGAGGACAGCCAUGGUGGCAGCCCUGAGCCCUGCGGACAUCAACUAUGAUGAGACCCUCAGCACACUGAGGUAUGCAGACCGGGCCAAACAGAUCCGCUGCAAUGCCAUCAUCAAUGAAGACCCCAACAACAAACUGAUUCGAGAACUGAAGGAUGAGGUGACCAGGCUGAGAGACCUGCUGUACGCCCAAGGUCUUGGAGAUAUCACUGACACCAACACUGUGCCUGGAGGACCCAAAUUGACCAAUGCCCUGGUGGGCAUGAGCCCCUCAUCUUCGCUCUCAGCCCUGUCCAGCCGUGCAGCCUCUGUGUCCAGUCUCCAUGAGCGCAUCUUGUUUGCUCCAGGAAGUGAGGAGGCUAUUGAAAGGCUGAAGGAAACAGAGAAGAUCAUUGCUGAGCUCAAUGAGACCUGGGAGGAGAAGCUGCGGCGGACGGAAGCCAUCCGGAUGGAGAGGGAAGCCUUGCUGGCUGAGAUGGGUGUGGCCAUGAGAGAAGAUGGUGGCACCUUGGGUGUGUUUUCUCCCAAAAAGACACCUCAUCUUGUCAACCUGAAUGAGGAUCCUUUGAUGUCUGAAUGCCUCCUUUACUACAUCAAAGAUGGCGUCACCAGAGUGGGCAGAGAAGAUGCAGAGAGGCGGCAAGACAUCGUCCUGAGUGGACACUUCAUCAAGGAGGAGCACUGCAUCUUCCGGAGCGACUCCCGAGGAGGCGGAGAAGCCGUGGUGACCCUGGAGCCCUGUGAAGGAGCAGACACCUAUGUCAAUGGCAAGAAAGUCACUGAGCCCAGCAUCCUACGGUCAGGAAACCGCAUCAUCAUGGGAAAAAGCCACGUGUUCCGGUUCAACCACCCUGAGCAGGCCCGGCAGGAGCGUGAGCGAACACCUUGUGCAGAGACACCCGCCGAGCCAGUAGACUGGGCUUUUGCUCAGCGGGAACUGCUGGAGAAGCAGGGCAUUGACAUGAAGCAGGAGAUGGAGCAGAGGCUCCAGGAGCUGGAAGACCAGUACCGGAGGGAGCGGGAGGAAGCCACAUACCUGCUGGAGCAGCAGAGGCUGGACUACGAGAGUAAGCUGGAGGCCCUACAGAAACAGAUGGACUCCAGGUACUACCCAGAGGUGAACGAGGAGGAAGAAGAGCCAGAGGAUGAAGUCCAGUGGACAGAGCGGGAGUGCGAGCUGGCAUUGUGGGCCUUCCGGAAGUGGAAGUGGUACCAGUUUACUUCUCUACGGGACCUGCUGUGGGGCAAUGCCAUCUUUCUGAAGGAAGCCAACGCCAUCAGUGUGGAGCUAAAGAAGAAGGUCCAGUUCCAGUUCGUCCUCCUCACAGAUACGCUAUACUCCCCACUGCCGACAGACCUCCUGCCCCCAGAAGCUGCCAAAGACCGAGAGACACGGCCCUUCCCCAGGACCAUCGUGGCAGUGGAGGUCCAAGACCAGAAGAAUGGGGCCACCCACUACUGGACACUAGAGAAACUCAGGCAACGCCUGGACCUGAUGCGAGAAAUGUACGACCGGGCUGCAGAGGUUCCCUCCAGUGUCGUGGAGGACUGUGACAACGUGGUGACCGGCGGGGACCCCUUCUAUGACCGCUUCCCCUGGUUCCGGCUGGUGGGCAGGGCCUUCGUAUACCUGAGCAACCUGCUGUACCCUGUGCCCCUGGUGCACCGCGUGGCCAUCGUCAGCGAAAAGGGAGAGGUGAAAGGCUUCCUCCGUGUGGCGGUGCAAGCUAUCUCAGCGGAUGAAGAGGCUCCAGACUAUGGCUCGGGUGUCCGUCAGUCAGGAACUGCUAAAAUCUCCUUUGAUGAUCAGCAUUUUGAAAAGUUCCAGUCUGAAUCCUGCCCUGUGGUGGGGAUGUCCCGCACGGGGACCUCCCAGGAAGAGCUACGCAUUGUAGAAGGCCAGGGUCAGGGGGCUGAUUCUGGGCCUUCAGCCGAUGAGGUUAACAACAAUACCUGCUCAGCUGUGCCUCCUGAAGGCCUCAUGGAUAGCCCAGAGAAGGCUGCCCUAGAUGGGCCCCUGGACACAGCCUUGGACCACCUUCGUCUAGGCAGUACCUUCACCUUCCGGGUGACAGUCCUGCAGGCGUCCAGUAUCUCUGCUGAAUAUGCUGACAUCUUCUGCCAGUUCAACUUUAUCCACCGCCAUGACGAGGCCUUCUCCACUGAACCCCUGAAGAACACCGGCAGGGGACCCCCUCUUGGCUUCUACCAUGUUCAAAAUAUUGCGGUAGAGGUGACCAAGUCCUUCAUCGAAUACAUCAAGAGCCAGCCCAUUGUGUUCGAGGUCUUCGGGCACUACCAGCAGCACCCGUUUCCACCUCUUUGCAAGGAUGUUCUCAGCCCCCUGAGGCCCUCACGUCGCCACUUCCCCAGGGUCAUGCCGCUAUCCAAGCCAGUGCCCGCCACUAAGCUCAGCACGAUGACACGACCUUCCCCAGGUCCCUGCCAUUGCAAGUAUGACCUGCUGGUCUACUUCGAGAUCUGCGAGCUGGAAGCCAAUGGCGAUUACAUCCCUGCUGUGGUAGACCACCGUGGCGGCAUGCCAUGCAUGGGGACCUUCCUUCUCCAUCAGGGCAUCCAGAGACGGAUAACUGUGACACUGUUGCAUGAGACAGGAAGCCACAUCCGCUGGAAGGAAGUGCGAGAGCUGGUUGUGGGUCGUAUCAGAAACACUCCAGAAACUGACGAAGCUCUGAUUGACCCCAACAUCUUGUCCCUCAACAUCCUCUCAUCAGGAUACGUCCAUCCAGCCCAGGAUGACCGCGUUUCCUUCGGAAAUGACACUAGGACCUUCUACCAGUUUGAAGCAGCCUGGGACAGUUCCAUGCAUAACUCCCUCCUGCUGAAUCGCGUGACCCCUUACCGGGAGAAGAUCUACAUGACGCUCUCUGCCUACAUUGAGAUGGAGAACUGCACCCAGCCAGCCGUCAUCACCAAGGACUUCUGCAUGGUUUUCUACUCCCGUGAUGCCAAGCUACCCGCCUCACGCUCCAUUCGCAACCUGUUUGGCAGUGGGAGCCUGCGGGCCACAGAAGGCAACCGCGUGACUGGUGUGUAUGAGCUCAGCCUUUGCCAUGUGGCCGACGCAGGCAGCCCAGGCAUGCAGCGCCGGCGCCGGCGGGUGCUGGACACAUCCGUAGCCUAUGUCCGGGGUGAGGAGAACCUGGCUGGCUGGAGGCCCCGGAGUGACAGCUUGAUCCUAGAUCACCAGUGGGAGCUGGAGAAACUGAGCCUCUUACAGGAGGUGGAAAAGACCAGGCACUACCUGCUCCUACGGGAGAAGCUGGAGACCACCCAACGGCCUGGCCCUGAGGUGCUGUCCCCAGCUUCCAGUGAGGACUCUGAGUCCCGUAGCUCUUCAGGUGCCUCUUCCCCAUUGUCAGUCGAGGGUCAGCCAUCACCUCUGGAGACUCCCAAUGAGAGGCAGAGGGAGCUGGCUGUCAAGUGUUUACGGCUCCUCAUGCACACAUUCAACAGGGAAUACACCCACAGCCACGUCUGUAUCAGCGCCAGCGAGAGCAAGCUCUCUGAGAUGUCUGUUACCCUCAUGCGGGACCCGUCCAUGUCCCCUCUGGGUGCGGCUACACUCACCCCCUCUUCCACCUGCCCCUCUCUGAUCGAAGGACGCUACGGUGCCACUGACGUGAGGACCCCUCAGCCCUGCUCCCGGCCUGCCAGCCCAGAGCCUGAGCUCUUGCCAGAACUUGACUCUAAGAAGACUCCCUCCCCUGUUCGGGCAACAGAGACAGAGAAGGAGCCCCAGCGACUGCUGGUCCCUGAUAUCCAAGAGAUCCGAGUCAGCCCCAUCGUCUCCAAGAAGGGGUACCUGCACUUCCUGGAGCCGCACACUGCUGGCUGGGCCAAGCGCUUCGUGGUGGUGAGGCGUCCCUACGCCUACAUGUACAACAGCGACAAGGACACAGUGGAGAGAUUUGUGCUCAACCUCUCCACCGCACAGGUGGAGUACAGCGAGGACCAGCAGGCCAUGCUCAAGACACCCAACACAUUUGCUGUGUGCACAGAGCACCGAGGCAUCCUGCUGCAGGCCAACAGUGACAAGGACAUGCACGACUGGCUGUAUGCCUUCAACCCGCUCCUGGCUGGGACCAUCCGGUCUAAGCUCUCCCGAAGGAGAUCUGCACAGAUGCGGGUCUGAGCCGAAAGCCUUCCAGACUUCCAGUGGCCCAGACCACUCCCCUGUCCUUACCAUCUGUUCUGUCAUCUAUCACUCAGCCCUUCCCCACCCCCCCAGGGGACACCUGUGCUGGGCCCAGCAACCCCACCUCUGGCGGAAGGCCUAUACCACAUGAUGAAUUGUGCUCCCCGGAGAGGUCGUACGUGUUGUAGUUUCUUCCAAAAUUGCUCUGGUGGGAAGUUUGGAAUGCCAGGAAGGUCAGAGGGCCCGAGACCCAGGGUAUUGCCGCUGUUCUAAUAUUUUUUUAAGCAUAGACAGACUUAUAAUUAAUAUACAUUAGUUAGUGGCGUUGAAGCAGUCCUCUGAGACAUUAACUAUAAGACUGUGUUCUGUUUAUAAGUAUUUAUUUCUAAUGCCUCCAGGGAGGGCUGGAAGGUUCAUGUGGAGUUACCUUUCCCCCUCCCACCUGCCUUCAGCCUGGUCCUGUUGGUUCCUACCUGUAUCUCCAGCCUCCUAGGGGCAGAGGGAGGGAGGGAUGUGGGCAAGCCAUGGCUCCUCACAGCCUGGUACAGGACAGCUCUAUCCUGACCAGUUUCGUCUGAGAUGCACCUUGCACGGUAUGUGUGUGAGAGGUUCUGCAAGUCCCGAGACUUAGGCCAUUCAGAUGGCGUUGUGCGCUUCUUCAGAGGAACAGUUCCCCCAAUGGAGCAGUAAGGGUGGUGUGGGAGGAUCAAGUGAAGUGUAUGGUCAACCCUCACUAGGCAGACUGGCUCCAGCUGAGCUGUGUCCAGGCUGUUGGGUAGGUGACUGUGUUUACACACAGCUAUGGGUGACAGAGGCCAUGGAUGUUCAGAGUGGGGCCUCUGACUGUAGCCUUGGGUGUCGAUGAGCAGAGGAAUGGAUAUGUAACUCUAGGAAGGUUCUGUGACCAGCGAUCCCUUACCGUCUGCCCAGGAAUGGCACCUCCUAUACAUCUCAGCAAGAGAACUCAAUGAGUGAUGUAUGCCCAUCAGGCACGUGAGGGUGACCUCGUAGUGGUCUUGGUAAAGGGACUCUUCUGCACCUUCUGUACCUGGGGAAUGUUCAUACCACAGGUCCACUUGGAAAGCCAGAAACCAAACCUCAAGGCCCCAAGGUCCAUCAUGAGCAGUUAACACUCAGUAUCCAGCUAUUCCAGGGCUCUCCCUCCACCUUGGCCUGCCCCUCCCCCCUCUAGAUCAGCUGACGGGGUCUAAGCUCCCCAUCAGCUUGGGCUGUCUCCACAUGGCACUGACGUGACCUGGAUACUCUUAAAACCAGUGUUCACAACAUCUCUACUGUCUGGAAGGUCAUAGAAGGUUCUGGCUUCAAGGUUCCUUGACAUAGUUAUCAAGAGUCUCCGCCCUUUGUCCGGGCAUCAAGAUUCAGGUUAGUGGCAGGGCUCAUGUUGGAAGUAGUGUGUGCACCUGCCAGCCAGUGUGAGCCCAGUGGAAACUGAGAAUUCACCCAUCACUGGGGUCAGGUGCCAUAUGGGUGGCCACCCUCAUGCCCGGCCACCCUCAUUCCCCAGGACUUGAGGUAAAUAGCCAUUAGCAGCGAGUGUCAGGAAACCCUCUCCAUGAAGUAUAGAAUAAGACUUAUUUCCAAGAAUCCAAGUCAAGGUGCCCAUCCCAGAGCAAAAUGAAACCCUAACUAGAAACCAGGUGACCUGAGCUGUCCGCGGUGGACCAUGGAGGCCAGAGGCUGAGAUACAAAGCGGAGAGAGGACAACUGUGUUCAGCUCACUCUGGCGCUCACGACCUAGUCAAAGGAGGGAAGGAGCCAGCUGCUUCGAUUUCUUGGUUCCCAAGGGCCACAGAGCCACACAGCCCCCAACAGGGAGAGAGGCAGUCAGGCCUGCCACGCUCGCUCAGGUCAGCCAACCUGAAGCUGAGGCCUUGCAAGAGUCUGGCUCCACCCAGCAGGUGGGUGUCUGAGGCCAGCCAACCUACAGAGCACCUGUGCCUGGGUCGGGUUGUAGAAAGGUUGGGAGCUCUAGUGCCCGCCCCACCCCCAUUCAGGGGCCAUUCCAUACUGGCCCAAAACGCUAUCCUGGCAUUGUCAAGGAA